GAGGAGCGCGCCCCGGCGGCGGCGGCGGCGGCGGCAGCGGCGGGAGCCGAGCGGAGCCGCUGAGGGAGGCUGGCCGCGCGGGCCGGCGGGGCAGCGGCGGCGCCCGGAGCCCGGCGGAGGGCGAGGCCGGCGUGGACGGCGGGAGCCGCCCGCCCGGGAGCCCCGAGGCGGUAGAUGGGGCUACUCGGCGCCCGCGGCUGAGGACGGGAGCGGCGGCGCGGAGGCGGCCGAGGUGCGAGCCGAAAUGCAGCAAGUUCUGGAAAACCUUACAGAGCUGCCCUCAUCCACAGGAGCAGAAGAAAUAGACCUAAUUUUUCUCAAGGGUAUUAUGGAGAAUCCUAUUGUGAAAUCACUUGCUAAGGCUCAUGAGAGGCUUGAAGAUUCAAAAUUAGAAGCUGUCAGUGACAAUAACUUGGAAUUAGUGAACGAAAUUCUUGAAGAUAUCACUCCUCUAAUAAGUGUGGAUGAAAACGUAGCGGAACUGGUUGGUAUACUCAAGGAGCCCCACUUCCAGUCGCUCCUGGAGGCCCAUGAUAUUGUGGCAUCAAAGUGUUAUGAUUCACCUCCCUCAAGCCCAGAAAUGAAUAAUUCUCUCAAUAAUCAGUUUUUGCCAGUAGAUGCCAUCCGUAUUCUUGGUAUUCACAAAAAAGCUGGAGAACCAUUGGGUGUAACAUUUAGGGUUGAAAAUAAUGAUCUGGUAAUUGCCCGAAUCCUUCAUGGAGGAAUGAUAGAUCGACAAGGUCUACUUCACGUGGGAGAUAUUAUUAAGGAAGUUAAUGGCCAUGAAGUUGGAAACAAUCCAAAGGAAUUACAAGAAUUACUAAAAAAUAUUAGUGGAAGUGUCACCCUGAAAAUUUUACCAAGUUAUAGAGAUACUAUUACUCCUCAACAGAAUUACACCAGUAUGGAGAGGCAUCCUUCCCACGUCCGUCAGGUAUUUGUCAAGUGUCAUUUUGAUUAUAAUCCCUUCAAUGAUAACCUGAUACCCUGCAAAGAAGCAGGACUGAAGUUUUCCAAAGGAGAAAUUCUUCAGAUUGUAAACAGAGAAGACCCAAACUGGUGGCAGGCUAGCCAUGUGAAAGAGGGAGGAAGUGCUGGUCUGAUUCCAAGCCAGUUCCUGGAAGAGAAGAGAAAGGCAUUUGUUCGCAGAGACUGGGACAAUUCAGGACCGUUUUGUGGAACUAUAAGCAACAAAAAAAAGAAAAAGAUGAUGUACCUCACAACCAGGAAUGCAGAGUUUGAUCGUCAUGAAAUUCAGAUCUAUGAGGAAGUAGCAAAAAUGCCGCCCUUCCAGCGAAAAACAUUAGUGUUGAUAGGAGCUCAAGGUGUGGGCAGAAGAAGCUUGAAAAACAGGUUCAUAGUACUGAAUCCUGCUAGAUUCGGAACCACGGUGCCAUUUACUUCACGGAAGCCAAGAGAAGAUGAGAAGGAUGGACAGGCAUAUAAAUUUGUGUCCCGAUCAGAGAUGGAAGCAGAUAUUAAAGCUGGAAAGUAUUUGGAGCAUGGGGAAUAUGAAGGAAACCUCUAUGGAACUAAGAUUGACUCUAUUCUCGAAGUUGUCCAAACUGGACGGACUUGCAUUUUGGAUGUCAAUCCACAAGCACUGAAAGUUUUGAGGACAUCUGAGUUCAUGCCUUAUGUGGUAUUUAUUGCUGCUCCAGAGCUCGAGACCCUGCGUGCCAUGCACAAGGCUGUGGUGGAUGCAGGGAUCACUACCAAGCUCUUGACGGACUCUGAUUUGAAGAAAACAGUGGAUGAAAGUGCACGAAUUCAGAGAGCAUACAACCACUACUUUGAUUUGAUCAUCAUAAAUGACAAUCUAGACAAAGCCUUUGAGAAACUACAAACUGCCAUUGAGAAACUGAGAAUGGAGCCACAGUGGGUCCCAAUUAGCUGGGUGUACUGAUGAUUCAAUAAGGGUAACAGUUAAAUAAAACUCUUAAAAAGUGACUCAACAAGUAACCCUUCUCCUGGGAGAACACAUGCAGAGGUAGAAGGCAUCUGCCACAUCUGGGCAUUUCUAUUGUGCAGCUUGAAAUAACAGUGCACUAGGUGGAAUUUUAUAUGAUUGAGGUUGGGAAGGUGUACUAAUAUAUAAUUUCUCUUAAUUUUUCUAACUUUUUAUGGAUGAAACCUUUCUAUUCAUGCCACAUAAAGAAAUGCGUUCAAGCAUUUUGUACGUAUUGAUUUAGUACCCUUACCUUUUUCAUCAAAGGGAUUUUCAGCUCAUUCUCUCCAGCAUUGGUCUCACAUUGUCACUGUGAUAAUGAAUACUUGAAAUAGUUUUGUAAAGCUAUCUUCUCUUAAGUGUUUAGUGAAGGGUCAAUUAUUCUUAUUAGGAAAAAAUAGUAGUUACUGACCUUGUUAAUCAAACUUCUUACAGAAGCAGAAUGUAAAUAAGAGUGCUAGUUCAGAACUAUCUUAAUCUGACAUCAACCCUUUUCAGUGCCACUCUUACUCCAGAGUAUGGCUGUUCAUUUGUACAGAUAAAUCAGCUUUCCCUCUCAUCUCUCUAGUACAUACAAUGAAGAGCAAUAGCGUGCACUCUCUGGGCUUAUUCUUUUCAUUUGUCACAGUGAUGUGCUGAUGCUGACUGAUGUUGCAUAUUUAGUUAUUACGGGAGCUCGGGCUGAAAGUAAGGUCAUGCCGACAGAGAGUGCCUUAUCCUGCAGAACUUUACUCAACUUAGAGAACGUUUGCUUAUUUUCAAAUAUAAAAUUUCAAACUAUUACUUCAGUCAGUUUUUUAAGUAUAUAGUCAGCAAAAAUAUGCCUCUGCAAAUGUUUGUGAUAUUUAAAGAUGUCUCUAAGCUACAAGCUGUUUGUUAAUCAUCAGAUGUGAUUUCCAAAACAGGAAGUGAUUUGUUUAGGGUUGUGUUGUCUGUUCUGUUAAAAACCAAAUCCAUUGAACAGUUUACAAAAUUUGGAAAUAAUUGCCACCUAUUCAUAUUUACACACACCCAUAACAUCCAUUAUGUAAUAUAUACUAAAUAAUGUUCACUGCUCUUUAGAUUUCUGCUAGGAACUACCCUUUCUUUGUUACUUAGCGGUGAGGAACCAAGCAUUGCCACAGUGCACCGACUUCCACCUUACCCUUGGUUAAUACCGCCUCUGGGAUUCUUAAAUAUACAGAUUUCACAUAGACAUUUGUGUGUGCUGAAUGCAACAUGUGACUGAACUAGGUCAACCUUAGUUUAUUUUGCUGCUAUUUCAGUCAGAAUAGUCACACUUUAAAGGGUUUGGUGCUUAAAUGUUGGUGAGUGUCUUUGGUGACAGGCUCCAGACAUGUGACAUCUGAUUUUGGCUUUUUCCUCAUCAAAGUUAUAUAUCCAUCUGUCCAUAUACAGAUUUGUAUAGCUAUACACAGACAUGCAUACAUAGGUACAUAUAUAUAUGGUAGUAAGCAAUAUUCAUACAUUAUUUUAAAUUAUUUUCACAAUAAAACACCUGUUGCCAUAUUGUUAAUGUGGACUUUAAAAUUUUUAAUUUUAGAAUUUCAUAGCCAAAAUAUAAUUUUGGGGAAAGGGACAGGAAAUUGUUAACAAAAUGGAUCAUACACACUCAGUGACUUUUAAAACUACAUGUAUUUGCUGAAAAUCAUGAUUCUCAAAGCAACAUGAGUCAAAGCACAGUAUUUACAUGACACCUUAUAACUUAAUGUUUCAACACGCUGUAAUGUAAGCUUGGAGAUAAAUUUCAAUUCUGCGCUCUCAGGAAAUGUACUGUAUUCUUCAGUGCACCUUCAUGUUACUCAUGAAGCAUUUUAAAGCAGCUUUGGGAAAAUUACAUUGGCAGAGCAGUCAAUCCAUAGAGUAUUUCUACCAUCUCAGUACAGUGGAAACAAUAGUCACAUAUAUUUAUAUCCUUCUCAUGUGAUAUAAAACUAGAUACUGUCUGGAGUAUCAGCUGUACUUUACAUGUUUCUGUUAUCAAUGGUACUCAUGAUUGAUGACAUAAUCACAUUAGAUUUCUCCUAAUGCUAGUUUAGUUCAUUAUAAUGUAGAUGCCAAUAUUAACAAAAUACAACUGUUUCUCAGUGAGGAUUCACUGUUGAAUCUGAAGUCCCUACCUGAGCCUGUAGGAACCAUCAGGCCUCACACAAGUAUUCUUCCUAGGAAAUGUGAUCAAGGAAAUGUAUACUGCUCUCAAGAAAGGGUCUAACAUAACAGACUUAUUUAUAAUAGCUUUCCUGAAGAGAAAAGGGCUUAGAGUGUUGUUCACUAAUUGGUAAUAGGCAAAAUAGACACAUAUGCAUGUGCUUUGGGAAGACGUGUGUAUUCCCAGUGAAUGUCCUCAUUCAGGGUGUGGUUAUUCUUUACAAUCAAUGGUUAUAUGUACUUCUUCAUUUUCAAAGUGUGCAAAUGCCUGUAGAAAUUAUGUCUCUGAACAAAUCAUCCUUUGCAAAUGGAAUAUAUUUAUUGGUCUACAGUAGAAUUUUCACCUUCAUUACUACUGCACUUUUAUUGUGCAGUCUCCAUUUCUGUUUCUUAGAUAAUAUAGGAUGUCAAAUACAGCAGAAGUGUGUAUUUUGGCUGACUUGAUACAAUUGCUGACCAUAGCUUUCUGAAAUAUAAAUCGUCAUAAUCCAAAUAGAACUAAACCCUAGAUUCUAGAGUCUAGUAAAGUAAUUUAUAAUAAACUGUAAGAAGUUUCUUUUAAGAUGACAAACUGGUUAUUAAGUCAUAUUUAGAAAAUAGCUCAUUAGCAGUAAAAUCCAGUAACAGGACAUUGAUUUUGGCUAGGUACUAUUCUGGCCAAAAAGAUGAUUAUGUAAGGCCUAGUAAUACAAGCACUUAGGAGGCUAAAGCAGGAAGAUUUCAAGUUGGAAUCCAGCCUGAGUGGCUAACAAGACCUUCUUCAAAAACAGAGCAAAACAACGACAACAAAAAUCCCAAAGAAAGCAAAACAAGGGCCCAGUGUUAUAACUGGUAGAGUGUGUGCCUAACGUGUGAGACCCCAACAACCCAAGAAAUGAUCUUCACAGAUUGACUAAAACAGUACUUAUUUUUGUGCAUAAGAAGUAUCAUGAUUCAGUGAUUGAAGCUGAUUUUCAAGAUCACAGAAUUAGUUAUAAUUAUUUUAAAUGGGUAAAUUCAAAUUGUAAAAAUCAUGAAAACAUUAAAAAAGAAAAAAUCUACUUAUUUUUAUGCCUACUGAAACAGUCCUCCAUUAUACAGAAUUACAGAGUGGAGCACCCUACCUCCAUAAUAACUAAUCUUUACACUAAAUAAAAGGCAAUCCUGAAGUUUUCUGUACAUAAAGAAUUCAUUUUUAAAAACAUGUACAUACAUAUAUCCAUAUACACACUCAAAGCUAUGUGUAUAAGAUGUAACAAUCUACCAAACUUCAUGAAUAAUAAAGCUAAAUAUAUUCACCCACAUGGUACAA